UAACCAAGAUGGCGACUGAAAGAAAGAAAAAGGAGAGCAUAUUUGAGUUGUCCAAAUUUCUUGAUAAAAGAGUUCGAGUGAAAUUUCAAGGCGGAAGAGAAGCUACAGGUGUUUUGAAAGGUUUUGAUGCCUUACUGAAUGUAGUGUUGGAUAAUACAACGGAAUGUUUAAGAGAUCCUGAUGACCCAUUCAAACUCACUGAUGAGACAAGGCAAUUGGGCCUGGCUGUGUGCAGAGGGACAGCUGUGGUUUUAAUUUGUCCUGUUGAUGGCAUGGAACCCAUAGCAAACCCAUUCUUGCAACAAGAAUGAACUUUUUGUCAGCAUCUUAAAAACAUUUUUGACUGGUACCCAAAAAUCUGCUCUUUACCCACCUUUUGUGAGACAAUUUUUUCCUACUCUCUUUUUUAGGCAAAAUGUGAAGUUCAAGGAAAGUGCAGUAAGGGUUGUUUUGCCCAUGGAUCUUUUUUUAUGUAUGGGUGUCUACUCGCACAGCUUUGCAUGGACAUUAGAAGAAAGGUUGUAAGAUACUUUGGGAUUUCAUUCCAAUAUUCAGCAGGAUAUCAAGAGUAGCCUUCUAUAUCUUGUAAGAAAAUAUAAAGAAAGUAAAGUCCACAAUACUUGUUUAAA